AUGCCGGGAUCAUAUACUUCGAUAGCAGGGCAGAGUGGGAACACGUCGGACUCGAGUCGAGGGAGACGGCGUAGAGCGACUCGACCCUCGAAGGACCAUGCCGGGCAAGCUUCCUGGUUUAGCAGUAAUGUGAAUCUUGUCAAUACCAUUAUUGGUGCUGGAACUCUUGCAAUGCCAUUAGCAAUGUCCCAUAUGGGAAUACUCCUCGGCACAGUGGUAAUCCUGUGGUCAGGCAUGACCGCUGCCUUUGGCUUGUAUUUACAAACUCGGUGCGCACGGUAUCUUGAGAGGGGGAAGGCUUCGUUUUUCGCUCUCUCACAAAUCACAUACCCGAAUGCUGCCGUCAUAUUCGAUGCUGCCAUUGCGAUAAAAUGCUUUGGUGUGGGCGUUAGCUAUCUUAUCAUUAUUGGCGAUCUCAUGCCAGGUGUGGUGAGAGGCUUUUAUGAAGGGGCAGAUUCUGUCGAUUUCCUUGUCAACAGACACUUCUGGGUGACAGUUUUCAUGCUUGUUGUCAUUCCUUUGGCCUUUCUUCGUAGACUUGACUCUUUGAAAUAUACCAGUAUCAUAGCUUUGAUCUCGAUCAGCUAUCUGGUUGUCCUGGUUGUGUUUCAUUUUAUUAAGGGUGAUACUUUGGCUCAGAAAGGACCCGUACGAGUUAUUCAAUGGGGCGGCCUCACCACGGUUCUAAAAAGCUUCCCAGUCAUUGUCUUUGCGUAUACAUGCCAUCAAAAUAUGUUUUCAAUUUUGAACGAGAUCAAGGAUAACUCGCAUCGAUCAACCACAAGCGUUGUCGGUUCAAGCAUUGGUUCCGCAGCAGCCGUAUAUAUCCUAGUAGCUAUCACUGGCUACCUAUCAUUUGGUGACAAUGUUUUGGGAAACAUUGUGGGGAUGUACGUACCUUCUGUUGCAUCUACCAUUGCAAAAGCAGCUAUCGUCAUUCUUGUCAUGUUCUCUUAUCCAUUGCAAGUACAUCCAUGUAGGGCUUCUGUUGACGCAGUGCUCAAAUGGAGACCAAACACAAAAGGUACUAAGAACUCACCCAAUUCUUCACCUUCAAGAACAGUACCCUUACUUUCAGGAGGCACUCCACAACCAACUGCCCGAAAUGACACCAUCGGGGAGUUGCGAUUUGCCGUUAUCACUACGUGCAUUAUCAUUCUCAGUUACACCGCUGCUAUGACAAUCUCAUCGCUUGACAAAGUUCUCGCCUAUGUCGGCAGUACAGGCAGCACGAGUAUUAGUUUCAUCUUGCCGGGCUUGUUCUAUUACAAGAUAUCUGCGCCGGACUCACCACAUCAUCAGCGGCUUACAAAAGAGGAUGAUGACGAGAGUGCAGAUGAAGAGGAGGGAGGGAACAGCGGUUCAUCGUUAUUGGGAUCAAGUCAGUGGCGGCAGACUAUGCUGCGGAAACUAUCACUAGCGUUGGCUAUUUAUGGCUUUUUGGUAAUGAUCUUAUGCCUGGGUACAAACCUCUUCUUUGGAGGCAGCGGGCAUUAG